AUGCUUUCAUUUUUAUCUGAUCUAAUACGCUUACGUUCAGUCUGCGGAGUCGAUGCUGAGCGUUUCGUUGCCGAACGAAUUUGUGCAGAAUGUGACCAUUUAAAAUUAAAAUAUGAUGUAAUAUCAGCACCUGGUCAAGAACAUCGACCGAAUGUGAUUGUCACUGCUGGAAAUGGUCCUUCGAAGUUCUUAUUUGUUGGUCAUAUUGAUACGGUCAAUGUGGAAGAUGAAACUCAAUGGGCACUCCCACCAUUCGGUGGCAUGAUUGAUGAGAAAACUCAACGAAUGAUUGGACGUGGAGCAUGCGAUAAUAAAGGUGGAAUCGUCUGUGCACUGUAUACGUUGUAUUUGCUCCAGCAACGAAUCGAUCAAGAGAAAUUAAACAUUAGUAUUCAAUUGGCAUGUGUUGUUGAUGAAGAAAGUGGUGCUUGUUCAUCGAUUGGUGUUCGUUAUUUGUUAGAUAAGAAAUUGAUUUCGGGUGAUGGGGCAAUCUAUGUUUAUCCCGGUGUGAACGUGACGAUUGGACAUCGCGGUCUCUUAAGAUUAGCCAUUGAUGUUAUAGGUGAGAAUGUGCAUACGGGAAGUAUCGAAUGGAAUACAAAAAAGAAAGGAGCAAAUGCAGCCACUGCUUUAGCUCGAAUCCUUGUAGCAUUAGAAGAUUAUCCGUGGGAGAACGACACAAAUCCAUCAUUUCCUAAUUUAACACUAACUGUAACACCGGGCACGAUCGUGAAUGGAGGUGGUUUUGUAUCUGUUGUUCCAUCACAUGCUUCAGCCAUGGUUGAUAUUCGUCUGAUGCCAUCAACAUCUGUUGAUCAUGUUUUACAGAAAAUUGAAGACAUUGCUACAAAUAUAGUAAACGAACGAAAUGAAUUUUAUCGUAGAAUGGCAUCCGAUUCAUCGACAUCCACUCGAUUAUCAGCAUCGAUUACCAUAAAGAACCAAUUACCGGCUGCGACGAUUGAUUCAAAUCAUCCACUCGUUUAUUCAUGUGUCCAAGCUGUUGAAAAAAUACUACAUGUAACUCCAACAACAAAUGGAUGCGGUCCAGCUAAUGAAGGAUAUAUGUUAAUCGAGAGUGGUAUUCCGACUAUUUGCGGAUUUGGACCCAUUGGUGGUAAUGUUCAUGGAGUUGACGAAUGGGUAUCGGUACCAUCGUUAGCUCAGACAGUCGACGUUUACUUUGACAUUGUUUCUAGCUAUUGUCAUCUAUUUCAGUAA